GAGUGAACUACCUAAGAAGAGAUAAAUAUGCCGGUGCAAUGCGAGCAAACGGCUUACAUUCAACACAACUAGAUCUAGCCCCGCCACCGAGUUCUGCGCUCUCAAGGUGCUCAGCGCAGAAUGCUACGAGAACAAGGAAACUCCCAUCUUUGAACGAGAGAUCUUGACUCAUCUCCGUGACGGAGACCGCGAUCAGCUGGGUUAUAACCACGUCUGUCGCCUGCUGGACGACUUUGAGCAUCGCGGGCCCAACGGCACGCACGUCUGUCUUGUCUUUGAGCUGAUGGGCGAGACGCUGCGGAGCUUUGGCGCCUGGUUCAUUGAGAGCCGACUUCCCAACUCGGUGAUGCGGCGAUUUACAAUUCAGCUGUUGCUGGCGCUGGAUUUCGCCCAUGACCACGGUGUGAUCCAUACCGGUAAAUGCUGACAUUGGUCCAGGUUGGUUCAUUUGUAUCUCUUGCUGAUGCAAUACUCUCAUCCCCCAUCAGACAUCAAGCCCGAUAAUAUCUUCGUCAAAUUCCGCGACCACUCCCUAAUUGAGUCCGGUUAUCUGGUCAAUGUUGCAGUUCCCCUGCAAAACCGGUCUGAGGAGCACUACACCGUCAUCCCCUCCGCACCACUCGCCUGCUAUUACUUCAACGAGACAGAUCAUACGCGCGUCGACGACUUCGACAUCGUCCUCGGUGACUGGGGCGCCUCCAGCUGGAAAGGCCGACAUCUAAGCAAAACAAUCCAACCCGUGGCGCUCCGCGCGCCUGAAGUCCUCAUCCAGGCGCCGUGGGACGCACGCACCGAUUUAUGGAACCUCGGGGCUGUCGUGCUGGAGGUCUUCCGCGCGGUCCGCAUGUUCAGCGGUUUGGUCCCGCCAGAUGGCCAUUACGAGCGCAAACAGCACUUGACCGAGAUUGUGGACCUGUUCGGGCCGUUACCCCGGGCCCUCCUGGACCGAGGCGACCCGGGUCUGGUUCGGGAGAUCUUUGAUGCUGAUGGUCGGGUCGCCAAUGCGUUGCCUAUGAAUCGGCCGGGCCUGGCGUCUGAGGCGUUUAUGCCGGGCCUUGACCCGAGUACCAGGGAUGAGUUUGCCUCUUUUUUGUACAUGUUGAUGAAGAUUGAUCCUACGGAGCGCGUUUCUGCCGAGGAUCUUCUGCGGCAUCCCUGGUUGGAUGCUUUGUAGCGAAUCUCAUCCAAAACCGGAAAAUUUGACUGGCCUGAUAUAGAGUCUUCCAAAUUAUCAAGCGCUGGAGUUAAAUCAGCCUUCGAAAUUCUAUGAGUACG